AUGUGUGAUCAGUUCUUAGGAACCUGGAAACUUGUCUCCAGUGAAAAAUUUGAAGAUUAUAUGAAAGAAUUAGGAGUGGGCUUUGCCAUGAGGAAACUGGGCAGCCUGGCAAAGCCUACUGUCCUCAUCAGUGCUGAUGAGGAUAUACUAACAAUAAAAACAGAGAGCCCUGUUAAAAAUACAGAGAUCUCCUUCAAGCUGGGCCAAGAAUUUGAGGAAACCACAACAGAUAACAGGAAAACUAAAAGUGUUGUAACCUUGGACAAUGGCUCAAUGAUUCAUGUGCAGAAAUGGGAUGACAAAGAGACCACAAUAAAGAGAGAGGUGGUGGAUGGAAAGAUGGUCGUGGAAUGUACCAUGAAGUAUGCCAUCUGCACUAGAGUCUAUGAGAAAGCAUGAAGAAACUAUCUGCAGUUAACUAUAACUUGCUGCUGGGAACUGGCUCAGUUCCACAAGAUAAAGGCUACUGUUUCCCUUCUGUUUGUAAAAGUUUUGAAUAGUCAUGUGCCCGCAAUGUACCAUAUUUCAGUUUAGUAACUACUUGUUUGAAGUGU